AGCUGCCUCGUUCCGGGAACACGUUUGGGGAGCCCUGUGCGCCGCCGCCCGCGCGCGCUCGCCUCCCCGGGGCGGGUUCUCUCCCGGAGGCCGCGCCCGUGCCAGGGUCCCCCCACUUCCUCCCGGCUGCUCACAAACCCGGGCGGCUCACUCGCCAGCGCCGUCCGCACUGGGCAUGCUCAGUGGCCGUCCGGCGCGAGUCUCCGCGGGCGCUGCGCUCCGUCUGCGCCCAGGUCUCCGCUUCCCUGAGCGCGGCUGCACGCCGCGGCCCUGAGCCGGGAGAGCCGCGCCCCGCCGGCCCCGCCGGCCCCGCCGCCCCGGACCCCAACUUCGCGCCAAGUUCGGGCCCGCCUUCGGGGGGAGCCAUGCAGAUGACUAACAGGGACGUUCUGUUAGAAAUGGAGGAAGACGACGACGAGGAUGGGGAGAUCGGUGAUGUUGCUGCCUCCAAGAGGCCUUUUUUGGCUCCUCACACUCCGCACGCAUCCUAUCUGGGGUUGGAACACAAUAACAUGACGAUGGCCACCAGUUUUGGAGGACUGGAAAAUCAGCCUGAUUUCCAGACCCCGAAGUUUGAAGAGUUUAACGGAAAAUCUGACUCCCUCUUUUUCAAUGAUGGGCAGCGAAGGAUCGACUUUGUUCUAGUGUAUGAAGAUGAAAAUAAAAAAGAAACCAAUAAGAAGGGUUCAAAUGAAAAACAACAGAGAAAAAGACAAGCAUAUGAGUCUAACCUCAUCAAUGACGGCCUGCAGCUUGAAGCAACGAGAUCGGUUGCAGAUGACAAGCUUGUGUUUGUAAAAGUACAUGCCCCAUGGGAGGUGUUAUGUACGUACGCUGAGAUAAUGCACAUUAAAUUGCCUCUGAAGCCCAACGAUCUGAAAACUCAGUCUUCACCCUUCACUAAUUUCAACUGGUUCACCAAAGUCCUCCGAGUAAAUGAGAAUAUCAUCAAGCCAGAGCAAGAGUUUUUCACUGCCCCAUUUGAGAAGAACCGGAUGAAUGAUUUUUACAUUCAAGAUAAAGAUACCUUCUUCAAUCCAUCCACCAGAAGUCGAAUUGUUUACUUCAUCCUCUCUCGGGUCGAGUAUAAAGUAAGCAAUAACGUUAAGAAGUUUGGGAUUAACAAACUUGUGAGCUCUGGCAUCUACAAGGCAGCUUUUCCUCUCCAUGAUUGCAACUUCAACCAUCCUUCAGAGGACGUCAGCUGCCCAAGUGAACGGUUCCUGCUGUAUAGAGAGUGGGCACAUCCCCGGAGCAUCUACAAAAAGCAGCCCUUGGACCUCAUCAGGAAAUAUUAUGGAGAGAAAAUUGGAAUCUAUUUUGCUUGGCUGGGCUAUUACACUAAGAUGCUGCUCCUGGCUGCAGUGGUGGGAUUGGCCUGCUUCCUCUAUGGAUUGAUCAAUCAAAACAACUGCACGUGGAGCAAAGAAGUUUGUGAUCCUGAUAUUGGUGGCAAGAUCAUAAUGUGUCCUCAGUGUGACAGACUCUGUCCUUUCUGGAAUCUCAACAUCACUUGCGAGUCCUCUAAGAAAUUGUGCAUCUUUGACAGUUUUGGAACCCUAGUCUUUGCCGUGUUUAUGGGAGUGUGGGUUACCUUGUUUCUGGAGUUUUGGAAGAGGCGUCAGGCAGAGCUGGAGUACGAGUGGGACACCGUCGAGCUACAGCAGGAAGAGCAACCCCGGCCAGAGUAUGAGGCGCAGUGCACGCACGUGGUGAUCAACGAGAUCACGCAGGAAGAAGAACGUAUUCCUUUUUCUACCUGGGGAAAAUGUAUACGGAUAACGCUGUGUGCAAGUGCUGUCUUCUUCUGGAUCCUCCUGAUUAUCGCUUCAGUGAUUGGCAUCAUCGUCUACAGGCUCUCGGUGUUCAUUGUGUUUUCUGCAAAACUUCCCAAGAACUAUAAUGCCACAGACCCAAUCCAGAAGUACCUGACUCCACAGACAGCCACGACCAUCACGGCGUCCAUCAUCAGCUUCGUCAUCAUCAUGAUUCUGAACACCAUCUAUGAAAAAGUGGCCAUCUUGAUUACUAACUUUGAACUCCCAAGGACCCAGACUGAUUAUGAGAACAGCCUAACCAUGAAGAUGUUCAUGUUCCAGUUUGUCAACUACUAUUCUUCCUGUUUCUACAUAGCCUUCUUUAAGGGCAAAUUUGUCGGUUACCCGGGAGAUCCUGUUUAUUGGCUGGGAAAAUACAGAAAUGAAGAGUGUGAUCCCGGGGGGUGUCUCUUUGAACUAACAACACAGCUGACAAUAAUCAUGGGAGGAAAAGCAAUCUGGAAUAACAUACAAGAGGUGUUACUUCCCUGGAUCAAAAAUCUAAUUGGACGAUGCAACUCAGUUUCGGGCUCAGAAAAGAUCACCCCACGGUGGGAACAGGACUACCAUCUGCAGCCCAUGGGCAAGCUGGGAUUAUUUUAUGAAUAUCUUGAAAUGAUUAUUCAGUUUGGGUUCGUCACCUUAUUUGUGGCCUCUUUUCCACUGGCCCCUCUGUUGGCUCUGGUGAACAAUAUAUUGGAAAUAAGAGUGGACGCUUGGAAAAUGACCACCCAGUAUAGACGGAUGGUGUCAGAAAAAGCCCGGGACAUCGGAGCGUGGCAGCCCAUCAUGCAAGGGAUUGCGAUAAUGGCCGUGGUGACCAAUGCCAUGAUUAUUGCUUUCACAUCAGACAUGAUCCCACGCCUGGUGUAUUACUGGUCCUUCUCUGUCCCCCCCUAUGGAAAUCACAGCCACUACACCAUGGAGGGUUACAUCAACAACACCCUAUCCUACUUCAACAUCGCAGAUUUCAAAAACAAGAGUGACGGAAAUCCCUAUUCUGGACUCGGUGACUAUGCCACAUGCAGGUAUCGUGAUUUCCGGUAUCCCCCAGGACACCCACAAGCGUAUAAACACAACAUCUACUACUGGCACGUGAUUGCAGCCAAGUUGGCUUUUAUCAUUGUCAUGGAGCAUCUCAUCUACUCUGUGAAGUUUUUCAUUUCCUACACAAUUCCAGACGUAUCGAAAAGCACGAAGAGCAAGAUCAAGAGAGAAAAGCGCCCAGCGGGCUCUGGAGAAGACAUGGGGCCUGCACCUUCCUCCCUUGACGGUCACAAGGCGGUGCUGGGUGCAGGAAGAAAUGCCUGGCACUGGGCUCCUGCCGGAUGGGCUGCCACCCACUGGAUGCUGCUAAAUGCUCAGGUGCCAAAGGAGCGAAGCCUCUCAGGAUCCCAGCGGCAGAGGAACACCAAGCGUGUUUCAGGGAGCAGACUCAGAGGCUUGUAUCAGUAUAGCAGAGUGACUGAUCUCCAGGAAUCAAAUGCCCACUGUGAAUGUUAAAAAGACAAAUGAACAUUAAAAAGUGUUUGUGCAGUUUCAUCCAGGCAGUACUCUGGACUGCGGAAUCGUCCGAGUGGGUCAGGGACUGCAUUUCACCAACUCUUGACGCGACUCCAGUACUCACAGACCCUCCUGGCAACCUGGCCACAAGCGACGGAGAAAUGAAUGUUUUCCUGGUGCAGAAACUUUCCUGUCCCCACAACCUAGUGGGGGCUCCACUGUGCUUUCCCUGCUGCUACGAGAAGUGGGGUCACCUCUCCUAUUACCUCUGCUUUCUUCUGAAGUGUGUGACUAUCUCCUAGUGUCGGUUUCACAAUUACUCGCUGUUUAUGGAAACAAAAAAGGAAAUGUUUUUGCCUUAUCUCCUUAUAUGUACACUAGAACUGAAAAGCUUUGUGCAUUUAUGUUUUCAUUAAUCAUCUUUCAUAAAUACUCCUCGUCAUUUAAAAUGUGCUUCUGUGGAUGGGGAGAGAAAACACCUCAGCUUUUUUAAAGGGAGCAGUGUGAUGUAUAGCACUGCUGGUGUCCCCGACAGCUCAGUCAUAGUGGGGACCCCGGGGCACCCAUGACACCAGCAGUGCAAGUCUCGUGCGGACUUGUCGAUGGAGAGAAGUCUGCCAGCAAUCUGGCUGGGUCUCUAAGUGUGAGCAGAGGCCACACAGGGAGUAUAGAUGGUGUGCCCUUGUACCUGUGAAGGGACAACCUGGUCCCACACCUGUCCAGUGUUAACCACUAGAGAAAUGUCAGUUUUGUAUCAUUUUAUAAUGCCUAUGAAUUUAAAUGAAUUGAAGCAUCUGACCAAAAUUCUCAGGGGAUUUUUCCUUAUAGAGUCCUCCAAUCUUUUAGAUAUGGUAUUAGCAAGCCAUCAUUUUUGAAAAUGAAACAAGGCCAUCCUAUAAACUCACCAGUCUUCCCUUUUAAUUGCACUUGUAUAUUGAAUUUCAGAAAAAAUUACUUCAUGGAGGGGGCGUGCACAAGCUCUGUGUUGAAACACUUCUUGUAUCAUCUUCUCAUGUUCAUAUGUUAAGAUGUUUGAAACAUUAAAAUGUAAGAGCAGCUUAACUAAAGUAGAACUGAGUAUGUGAUGCUUUUCAGACACUCUGCCAUAAGAUGUAAAAUUUCUAAUUGUGAAUUUCUGUGCAUUUUAAUAUUCUUUUAUAAUUAUGAGCAUUUUAAUAAAUUCAUUUUUUU